UGUGCGUAUUUUCUUUUUUUUUCUUCCUUUUUUUAUACCGUUUUCCUCAUCCCUCCAUCCAUCCAUCCGAGGCUUUGGAAUGAACUGUCUCCCUGCCUGCGUCGUUUCCAUGUCAGCAUGGGAACUGCCGUGUCCAAGAGGAAGAAUUUAAGAAACGAUGCGAUAUCUUCUGUGGCAGCAAAAGUUAGAGCAGCACGAGCAUUUGGAGAGUACCUGUCCCACACACACCCUGAAAACCGAAACGGAUCAGCUCAUCUCCUGUGUGAAACCUUGGUGGGUCCUGACCCGGAGACGCAAAGUGACACGAUUGGUCCCGACAACAACAACCACCUCCAUCCCUGCUCCAACACAAAGGGCUGUAAAGACAAACCGGAGCCCAGCCUCGUGAAGCAGCCGCUGGGCUUGCUCCAGCCCCCUCCCCCUUCCAUCACCAUUUCUACCAAGCCACCGCGGCUGUCCCUCGAACGCAGCUUCUCAGCAGAAGAAGACCAGCAGAAGAGUGUGGAGUGCACCCUGCAGCCCGCCCGCGUGUACACCAUCACCACCCAGCACGGUAUGCUGAUGAGCAGCGGCCGGGGCAGCAAGGAGAGCUUAGAACUGGACGUCCUAAAGGAGAAGUCGGGGAGUGGCGGGGUGGGAUCUAGAGGUGGCUCGGUCCAGCCCUCCACUUCCCCUUCCUCCACCUCAUCAUCUCCAACGCAAUACCACCGAGCCAGCAGCGGCCGUGGCACCAGCAGCAGCAGCAGCAGCCACCAUCACAGCAACCACCACCGCUCGAAUGCGCAGUCCGGCGGCGGAGGAGGCAGCAGCGGGGCGAGCGGAAGCAGCAACCAGCAGCAGCUAACCGUUGCAGGGUCCCACUCCCAUCAUGGAGCGCACCACCACGGCCACCACCACCAUCACCUGUCCCAGCCCCCGCUGCAGACCUCCGUCAGCGCCCACAACAUCCGCAGCUGGGGCGAGGGCGGGAAAGGCGAGGCGGAGUGCAGCGGGCUGGCUUGCGACUCGUGCAGCGGCGCUCCGUCUCGCAGCCAGGGCUCGCUGGACCUGGAGAGCGCGUCCCGAGAGGCAGGCAAGCAGCACCGACGCCUAGAGCGGAUGUGGAGUGUGGACCGGGUGACUGGGCUGGAGAGAGAAGACACUAACUGGUUCCCAAAGGAAAACAUGUUCAGCUUUCAAACUGCCACAACAACCAUGCAGGCGAACUUCCGGAAGCAUCUUCGGAUGGUGGGCAGCAGAAGGAUUAAAGCACAGACGUUCGCUGAGCGUAGAUCGAAGAGUUUCAGCCGUUCCUGGAGCGAUCCCACCCCUGUCAAGACUGACGCUCCUCAUGAACCCAAAGACAAUCCAAGACUGAUCUCCUCCAAGGUCCCCAAGGCGGAGUACGUUCCCACCAUAAUCCGCAGGGAUGACCCUUCCAUCAUCCCCAUCCUCUAUGACCACGAACACGCAACUUUUGAUGAUAUUCUUGAGGAAAUAGAGAAGAAGCUCACGGCUUACAGGAGAGGAAGCAAGUUCUGGAGGAUGCUCAUCUUUUGUCAGGGAGGCCCCGGUCAUCUGUAUUUACUGAAGAACAAAGUGGCGACCUUCGCUAAGGUGGAGAAGGAGGAGGACAUGAGCCAAUUCUGGAAGAGACUCAGUCGCUUCAUGAGUAAAGUCAACCCGGAACCAAACCUGAUCCACAUAAUGGGAUGCUAUGUCCUGGGCAACCCCAAUGGAGAGAAGCUGUUCCAGAAACUGAAGAAUCUGAUGAGGCCUUAUUCUGUCGAGUUCGAGUCACCGCUGGAGCUGUCUGCGCAAGGCAAAGAGAUGAUUGAGAUGUACUUCGACUUCCGCCUGUACCGCCUUUGGAAAACACGCCAACACUCCAAACUCUUGGACUAUGAGGAUUUUUUGUGACAAAGGCAGCGGGAUGACGGACGCAGCGGAGCCCUCCAGUGCCACGAGGAAACCUGUUAGCGCUGAUCCAGUGACUGAACAUUGCUCAACUGUAGUGCUCGGCCCUUCAACUCAAUAUAAAACGGUCACACCUGCUUUCAUCCUGGAGAGGGCUGGAAGAAGGAGGAAAGGCAAUAGCAGAACAAAAAGAGGCUGAAGAUGAAGUAAAAUGACGCUGUGCCUCUGCUCUUCCUCGUUUCCAGAGUGAAGGUCACGGACUAACAACGACAACAACAAAAGAAAAAAAAACGGCCA